CUGAGUAACUUAUGUGUGUUGGUAGACUAUAGAUUACUCCUCUGGUUGCUAAAAACACAAAACCUUGUGACAGACAUAAAGACACCUCCCUGGAUACAAACUUCCAUAUGAUUUAUCGCCCCAAUAUGUUUUAAAUAAACAGUCAAAUCAAAUGUGUUGCAGGCAGAGGAGGAACCUGCUCAAACUACAGCUCUACUUGCAUUGAAAGCAUCUUUUACAGCAUGAUAGGUGUAAAUAAAGUUGUUCUCUCCAGUCUUUGAGGAUGUUUUCUGUCUCCCUCAGGUCAGCCCUUUUCUCUUUUGGAGCCAUGGCCGAUCCCAGCUGGUGGAAGCUGACUUUCUCCCGUAAGAAGAAGUCCGAAUCGAAGGUCCUGUACGAGAUCCCGACCGAGUACGGCAGCAACACGGGAAAGAGCAAAGAGCACCCGAGCAACAACAACCCCCCCGCCGACCACAUAGACAGCCAGUUUAACGCCCGACUGGAGAAGAUUGUGGACAAAUCCGCCACAAAGGGCCGGCACGUCAAGGUCUCUCACUCCGGACGCUUCAAGGAGAAGAAGAAGGUCCGAGCCACGCUGUCCGAGAACCCGAACCUGUUCGCAGAGAACAACCUCAGUGAUGAGAACCAUAAAAACAAGACUGAGAAAUAACACACAGGGCCCCCCAAAAAACGCACAUACUUGACCAUGAAAUGUUUCAUAUAUGCAUUUUUAAAAUCUUAAAAACACGUGCAAACAAAAAACAUGUGCAGCCUGAGAGUUGGAUAAACACCUGUCACCUGGCACCACACCCAGGUAGAUACUGUUACCAGUGGACUCACCCAUACAAACAAACUGGUAUCAGUAGAAAAAACCACUGAUACAAAACACCAGGACUUUUUUUUCUAACGUUUAUAGUCCUGUCUUUUUCUGACUUUUCAUCCUCAAAUGGAUGAAAUUUACCACCAAAGAGUCUCUUUAUCAUGAAAACAGCUCAUUGAAACUCAUGCAAACAUCUUAAACAAAUAAAUAGUAACACAACUGUAAAUAUUUUGUAUUAUUAUAGAUGCAGAUUUUUGGUUUAGUCCUCAUUUUUUAUGUCUAAACAAUCAAUAAAAAAGUAAAGAAGUGUCUCUAUAUGGUGCAUUUAAACCACAUUGAAUUGUUAAGCAUUUUUAUUAUGCAAAAGAGAGACUUGAUUUAAAUGUCUGUUUGUGAAAUAUUGUGAAUAUAUAUAAUAAUUAUCUAUGCAAAUGCAACAAUCUAUGCAACACUCUUGCAAAUAUCCUUUUUAAUGAAAAUUAAUUUAAAGGUCAUAUUAUAUAAAACACACUUCACCAUGUUCCUCUAACUCUAAUGUGACUCUACUCUGUCUACAAACCCCCUAAAUAUCAGAAAAGUCCAUCCUCUCUAUCUUUAGCCUGCUCCACUUUUCAGAAAAUGUGUGCUCAAACAGGCCGUUUGGAGAUUUUCCCUUCAUGACAUCACAAAGGGCAGUAGUCCCUCCCUCAGGUGGGUGUCACUCCCACAGCUAGGUGUUUGUUCUGCCCUCUGAGUCUGCUUUCUCACCGUAAACAAUAGGACAUGGAGCGAGAAAGACCGAGUACACCCAAGCCCUUCCAGAGAGGGGGCGUGGUCAGACACAGGUCAUUUACAUAUUUAAAGGUACAGACACAGAAACAGCCUGUUCUGAGCAGGGUUGAAAUAGAGGGGUUUAUAGACAUGAUCAAAUACAGGAUCAGAGUGGAUUUAGAACAAGAAACUUCACACAUGUUUUGAGGAGCUCUGAGACUUAUUUAAACUGAAGAAGAGGAGGAGGAUAUGUGACCUUUAAUUUUUUUUAUAAUGAAUGAUAAAGUGGAAUUAAAGCUAAUUUUUUAUGUCAAAACAAUCAAUCAGGACGAGAAGAAAUGUCUUCAAACGGUGCAAACCAAACCCCAGUUGAUUUUUAUGCAUUUUUACGACCAGAGCAAAUAAAAUGUCUGUGUGUGAAAUUAUGUGCUUCCAAAAUUCAAAGAAGAAGAAGAAGGAUGUGUUGGUAUCAUGUUUUCACGUAAUCUUUUCUGACUUUCUGUGCGCAAACUUGUGGUUCAUUUAAGUUCAGAAAGGAUCUUUAAAAAUGAAGGAAACGUAGAAACAAUCGUACAAAAAUCAUGAAGAAUAAAGAGUAAGAGAGUAAAAUUAUUUUUAUCAUCGUGGAUGUUUUCUGGGAGAUUUACUUUGUUAUGUUUGAACAACCCAUUAGAAAAUAAAGAAAAUAUGCUGUGCAACCAAA